GCCGGUUCCUGACCGAGGCGGAGACAGAGCCCCAGCGUUGCGUCCCGGCUCCAUCGCAGCAUGUCCCACCAAACCGGCAUCCAAGCUUGUGGAGAUGUUAAAGAUACCUUUGCCAGAGCAAGAUAUGGACAAUACAGGAUUUUAAAAAUAGUUAUUGAAAAUGAACAGCUUGUAGUGGGAUCCUCUAGGCAGCCUGAUGAAUCAUGGGAAAAGGAUUAUGAUUCCUUUGUUCUUCCCCUUCUCGAAGACCAGCAACCAUGUUAUGUAUUAUACAGAUUAGAUUCUCAGAAUGCUCAAGGAUAUGAAUGGAUCUUCAUUGCAUGGUCACCAGAUCAUUCUCAUGUUCGUCAAAAAAUGUUGUAUGCAGCAACACGGGCAACUCUGAAGAAAGAAUUUGGAGGUGGUCACAUUAAAGAUGAAGUAUUUGGAACAACAAAGGAUGAUGUUUCGUUGAAUGGAUACAGAAAAUACUUGAUAUCACAGUCCUCCCCUGCCCCUCUGACUGCAGCAGAAGAGGAACUUCGGCAAAUUAAGAUUAAUGAGGUACAAGUGGAAGUCGGUGUAGAUACCAAGCAUCAGACACUGCAAGGAGUAGCAUUCCCUUUGGCUAAGGAAGCUAUUCAGGCUUUGGAAAAACUGAAAAAUAAACAGCUCAACUAUGUGCAACUGCAAAUUGAUAUAAAAAAAGAAACUAUUGUUUUGGCCAACACACUCCAUACUGAACUUAAGGAUUUGCCAAACAGGAUUCCAAAGGAUUCUGCACGCUAUCAUUUUUUCCUUUAUAAGCAUUCCCAUGAAGGAGAUUACUUGGAAUCCAUAGUAUUUAUCUACUCUAUGCCUGGAUAUAUGUGCAGUAUUCGAGAACGGAUGCUAUACUCUAGUUGCAAGAGCCCACUGUUAGAAAUUGUAGAAAGACAACUGUGGAUGCAGAUAAUUAGAAAGAUUGAAAUAGAUAAUGGUGAUGAGUUAACUCCUGACUUCCUUUACGAAGAGGUUCAUCCAAAACAUCAUGCACACAAACAAAAUUUUGCUAAGCCAAAAGGUCCUGCAGGAAAAAGGGGAAUCCGAAGACUAAUUAGGGGUCCUGCAGACUCUGAAACACCUACUGAUUAA